CUACAAACUAGAAAUGUCCCAAAUCAAAAUGUCAGAACGACAUUCACACAUUCACACUUUCAGUCUUUCUUCACAAUAAAAUAUGAACGCCAACACACACAUCCACAUUUGGAAACUACUUGGUAUCUAUAUAUGAAUUUUGAAUAACCCACUGUGAAAUUUUCGCAUUUUUCGUACAAGAGAACGCCGAAUGCAAUGGCAGCCUCAAAGCCUCAAGAUCCCCUACAAAUCUUGGACCAGAUGUUCAACGAAGUUCUGGUACAAACUGGAAAGCAUCUGAGAGCAACUACCAAGGAUCGCCAGAAUAACACGCCCGGCGCAAACAGCGCUAUCCGCGCCAACACGUCAGAAUCGUUGACUACUUAUCAGUAUGCUCUAGACGAUCUCGAGAGUGAGAUAAUAAGGGCUAAGUCCGUCAUACUCCGAGAUCUAGAGAAACUGCGCGCUUCGCGUGUUCCUAUUCCGGCCCCGGUCCCGGCUCCGGCUCCUCAGCUUAUGGCACCACCGGCGCCUAUGAUGGAACUGCCGUCUUCUGCUGCUCAUACCAUGAGCUCACCAGCUUUUGUACUCAAGGAGACGAAGACAGCUGCCCCGUUCCCCGACAUGGGCAUGGGCAUGGGCAUGAGUAUGGGUAUGGGUACGCCUAUGGGCAUGAACAUGUCUACCGGCAUAGUUGACCUAGCUUCGAGUGAGAAAAAGAAGCCAUCACCACGAGUUCCCAGUGGUGUUAUCAGACCUCCAGCCAAGUCGACUCCUCCUGUUAAGAGCGAAGUAAAACCUUCCCCAAAGCAAACAUUCAAGCCAACGCCAAAGAUCAGCCAACCUCCCAAAGUGACCCCAGUCCCCCCGCCGCAGAUCCCUCGACUCCAGCCCCCUCAACCCGCUACUAUAGGGCCAGGGGCCAACCCCCAGUCUCAACCGACCGCACCUAACGUACAUCACAAUAGACCGCCUCAGACUGCAUCAGCCGCACAGGCAGCCCAGACAACCCAGGGCGCCUCUCUCAACGCCAUGUCAAUGCCGGCUAAUGCUGUAGAAGCCAAUCCUAACGCGGUGGGAGGGAGGAACUCACUGGGCUUCACAGACAUGCAAUUCUCUCUUGCCCCUUCAAAUACGGAGACCACAGGUGCGCCUCCAGCUCCAAUGCCCGAGUUUGAUCUGGCGAAGUUCGCACCUCAAGAUAAGAGCAGCAAGGUUCCCCCCAACAACUCUAAGCCCAGCAAUGCAGCAGCAAGCAGCCAGAAUACGACUGGAGCAUCACAGCCGCCACCAAAGGAACAAGGCAAGAAUGACUCAAACCUUGAUGACCUUUUUAACCUAGGUGAUAGUGGUGCUGGCGAUAACAUGUUUGAUCUAGGGGGUGGUGGUAUCAAUGAUAGCACGUUCGAUGACAUGAUGUAUUUUGAUAACAACGACACGGACAUGGCGCAGUUUGACGAGGCAUACUUCCUCCAAGAGUAGGAUAGGUAAAUUACAGACUUUGCUAAUACCCCGAGACGAAGGGUGAUAUUUUAAAAUGGUGGAAGGUAAAUGGAUAGAUAUGUAGCAAGCAUAUUCUGGCGUCACUACACCAGAUGCUCAGACAAGCAGUCAUUAUCAUCAUGGAUACAUCAACCUUGGAAGCUUCUAGAAUCAUAUAAAGACACGAAGAAGUUGUCAAGGUCUCAAUAAGAUGUUCGCCUUGUAAACAUGCUAGUACUCGACUCGAGUAGUCUAAAAUAACAUAUUCAAUAUUUGUAACAGAC